AUGCUCUUACACGACUUCUUGAAGCUUUACCUCUACUUCUUAAUCACUAACCGCUAUCAUCUAUUUUUCUUUCUCUUUUCAUCUUCCUUCAUAUUGCUUUCUUUUUCUCACUUUAUUCUAUUUCUAUUUUAUCUUCUUUCUCUUUCAAUUUACUCCAUAACCAUUUCUUUUUUCUUUUUCUUACAAUUUUCUUUCUUUCGUCUCUUCACCAUUCUCUUUUUUUCCUUCUCCAAUGUUUUUCUUUCUCUCACAAAAAUAUUUCCCUCAUACUUCCUACUUCCUCUCACAAGUGUUAGUUUCUUUUCAUAUUUUUGCCGAUCAAAUAACCUCUUUUCUUUGAAUCACUUCAUCACUGCUUUCGUUUUCCACGCCGCUCUUGACUGGCUGUGUACUGAUCUGACCACAAAAAUCUUAAGCAUUUGGCAAAAUGCCCACAUCUGUCCGCGCCCUACGGACAAACCCUUGACCAAGCAUUUUCCUACUGGACUGGACCUGCCGGGAGCUGUCCUACAUUUGACAGCCUCCCCAAUCGGAGGUCUUCAUCAUUUUCACCCGGCCUAUCGCGUCAACAAAUAUGUUCUUCCGUCUUCGUGCAUCUCUGUCCCCUACUGCUUAGCAUGUCUUCAUGGAGCCGACAAGAACGCGAAUAAGCCAACAUUUCAGCAUUCACAAUUUGUGGAGGAGGCCUUGCCCGGACAAUGUCAAUUCUUAACUGCUUCUGCGGCUUUUCAUAUUGCACUUCUUACACCUACUCCUGCAUCAAUAUCCCUAUUAUUACAGCUUAUUCGUCUUAGUUACAAGAGACUUUUUUUUUCUACUUCUUUUUCUCGAUCAUCUCUUUCAUCCAUCCCUUUUAUUUGUGUUCAUUCUUUUCCCUUUCUUCUUUCUCUCUUUUCUUUUCUGUUAUUUCUCUUUUUGCUUUCCCUCAUCACUUUUACCUCUUGGGCUAUUUUUUCUUUUUUCUUCAACUUUUCACCUUUCUUUCGAAUUUUCAAAGUAAUUAUUUUGUGA